GUAUGAAGCAGGGUUGGGGCUAGGAAACUCCAUCAGCGCACGCAACCGGUGCUCUUCAGAGCGUCGCUCGGAGCAGUCCCUAUUUAAGGAUCAGAUGUGGAAGCUAAUCCGGUUGGUUCAACCUUUGCCAGACCGUUCAGACUUUCAGGAUUCAUUUCCGGUCACCUACACGAGAACCGUGCCUGUACCAGUGCCCGCUCCUUGUCCGGCUCAUUUUCCUGUACCGGUACCACAUCCAAACGCUGUGCCCCAUCCGGCGGUUGAAUCGGCGCCUGUCCCAACGCUUUCCAUCACGCAAAUACGCAAAUAAAAUCACUAAAAUAAAAAUAAAAUGUUUUUAUAUUUAGC